UUGAAUAGUUUCCCCAUACACUCACAUUAAUUUCACAUCUAGUUAGUAAACUCCUGGCGACAGUGUCCUGUCGACAAUGAGUCCCAACACUUGGAUAAUUGAAAUGGCUUCGCACAGUUCGCGUUUGCAUCCACAACCGCAUCUACACUCUCAUCCUAGACAUCCCUCGAAUGAUGUGUUUGCCCGGAGAGAAGCAUCAUCGGAGAGUCCUGUCUUCGAGGACAUCACCACCAUUUUAACCGUGCUGAAGACUUGUGGUUUGUUGCCAUUUUACGAGCAAAUCUCCAGUUAUGAGGUGGGUCCCCCCACCAAGACAAACGAGUUCUAUUCGUUCUUUGUGCGUGGUGUGGUUCAUGCAUUGACGAUAUUCAACAUCUAUAGCCUGAUUACACCCAAUGCGGACCAGUUGUUCUUCUCCUUGCGGGAGACGGACAACGUGAAUCAAUGGAUUGAACUUCUACUCUGCAUUUUUACCUACACCCUGACCGUCUUUGUUUGUGCCCGCAAUACAAAGAGCAUUCUAGAGAUCAUGAACGAGAUCCUCAAGCUGGACAAAGAAGUGCUACGUCAGUUUGGCGUUGUCCUUGGCAACAAUUGCAACUUUUCGGUCAAAUUUCUGGUGGUGAUUGUCUGCUGUCAGGCAUACAUUAUGAUACUCCGCAUCUACACGGUCAAGGGAAUCAUCACACCCACCUCCUACAUCCUGAUAGCCUUCUAUGCCGUACAAAACGGUCUGACCGCCAUAUACAUUGUCUUUGCCUCCGCCCUGCUUCGAAUCGUUUGCAUUCGUUUCCAGUUUGUCAAUCAACUGCUUAAUGCCUUCACGUAUGUCCAGCAAGAGAAACUUGCCAAGAGUCGUCGCCAGUUGGUCUCGGCCAUGGAGAAUUUUCCAGAGGAUUCGCUUUUCAUUUAUCGCACUCACAACAAACUAUUGCGCAUUUACAAGAGCAUCAACGAAAGUUGCAGCCUGAUUAUCGUCUGCUUUCUAGGAUAUUCCUUCUAUACGGUGACCACCAAUUGGUAUAACCUGUUUGUCCAGAUCACCAAUAACAAGGGCGUCAUCUCGGCUCACAUAAUGCAGUGGUGCCUCGCCUGGCUUUGUUUACACACCUCCCUCUUGGCCCUCUUGUCGCGUAGCUGUGGUGCCACAACCUACGAGGCUAAUACUACAGCUCAGAUAUUGGCGCGCGUUUACGGCAAAAGCAAAGAGUUUCAGAAUAUCAUUGACAAAUUUUUAACCAAAAGCAUUAAACAGGAGGUACAAUUUACAGCCUAUGGCUUUUUUGCCAUUGACAACUCUACUCUAUUCAAGAUAUUUUCGGCUGUUACCACAUAUUUGGUAAUAUUGAUACAGUUUAAACAACUCGAGGAUUCAAAACUAGAGGAACAAGUACAAAAUGAAACUUAAAUAUAUAUUGUAUUUAUCGUUUCAA